AUGGAGAAAAAUAAGAAAUUGACUUUUAUUUGCGAAGUUGAGAGCAAAUUUGAAGAGGAAGAAAAUUAAACUUAACAAUCUGGAAGAAACUCAAAUGAUGUAACAACAGAGGAUUUCACCACUGUUUAAUACACUUAAGAUUCUGACUCAAGAUCUCUUAAAAGGAUGUCAAAGAGGAUAACUUAGACUGAGAUCGAGAGAAAAGAAUAUUAGAGAAUGAUGGAUGCUUAUGAAUAUCUCAUAAAUAAAGGCAUACUGGCAAACCUAGGCACAAAUAAAGAGGGCAUGUAUUACUUUGUAAUAUAUGGUUACGCCUAUACAAAAGCAUAUGAUUCAAAAGAGAAGAUUAAAAUAGGUGAAGCAUUCUAAACUCUUUCAGAUUAUCUCACAACCUUAUAUAAAUGGGUCCUAAUUUAUGUGCAUUCCUGUGUUGGAGCAACCAGAAAAGGUGCUUUAAUUAAAUUCAAAGAGAUAUAUUGCGAAAUGACCUAAGCUCAAAAAGCCACUCUUUCAAAGCUAUACAUAAUUCAGCCUUCAUUAUUCGUCAAAAUAAAAAUGUUUAUUAAUCAGUUUCAAAUUGAUGAAUCGGAUUCCUCUAUGAUUGCCAGAUUUAUCAAAUAACUGCCCUAAAACGUAUUUGAAGUCUAUCAAAAAGAGCUUAAAAUUAAGAAUAAAAAAUAAUAUCCCUCAGAAAUAGACUAGCUUGAAACUAAAGAAUCAUAUCUACUGCCAACUAUGAGUUCCUAAGAUGAUCAAGUAGAGCCAGAAUUUCUAAAGAAAUUCUUCAGUUUAGCAGUUAAUGAAAGCGUAGUAAACUAAAAUUAAGGAUUUAAAGAAGCAAUUUAAUCAACUCAUGAUGUUAUUGGAAAAAAUUUGAAGAUAUUUUAUCAAGAAAGAGAGGAUGAUUAGGACUUUUGUGAGGAAAUCCCCUUUGUACUUAUGUAGAUUCAUGAUUACUUUAUGGAAAAUGAUCGGAGAAUGUGGCGAACUGAUCUGUUUGGGAAGCUAUCUACUUCUGAGAUGAAACUACUUGAUCGAUUGGAGUCUAAUAUUGCUUUGGGAAACUAUAGCUAUAUCUUCAGCGAGCAAGAUUCUAGAAUAGUUGCAUUUUACUUCAAAAGCAUCUUAAAAUACAUGGAAGAACCAUUAUCUACAUUUAAACUCUAUGAGAAUUUUAAGGAGGCUUGCUAAAUUAAAAAAACACAAGACAACAAAUAAAUAUUCAUUGGCCACUUAAAGCAAAUAUUUUAAAGAAUGGAUUCAGUUUACUUCUACACCUGGAAGAUGGUUCUACAUAUUCUUGCUACAAUAACACUCCACUCUAAGAUUAACAAUGUAAGACCAAUUGGAGUUAAAAUUUUUAUAUAGUUUAAUCCUCGAAAUUUGGCUUAGAUCUUCUCAGAUAUACUUUUCAGACCUAAGACAUACGGAGCAAAUGAUAUGAUUAUGUGGAAGCACUUUACUGACCUACUCGCAUUUAUGAUUGAAAACCACCAAGAUCUAUUUGAUGGUUGCUACGAACUUUAACUAUAGAUGAGUCCAUUCUCUGAGGAAUCUAAAUCAUAGUGA